AGUAUUCUUGGCAAGUGGUAACAUUGGCUUUAGUUACGUCAAAAUCGAAUCGCUCAAGGUUGCGGCUGUGCGCAUGUUAUUUAAACGAAUAUAAUAAUUUUUAAUUAGUCGUGCUUCGCAAUUUCAUGUGGAGUAGGUUUCUUCGACCGUUAUCCAGUUAUUUUAAUAAAAUGUUGCCCGAAGUGGUUUUUGUGUUGGGAGCUCCAGGUGCCGGCAAGGGCACUCAAUGUACCUUUAUUUCCAAAGAAUUCGGAUUCGUACAUCUCUCUGCCGGCGAUUUACUGCGCGAGGAGCGUCAGAGGCCCGGCUCUGAGUAUGGAGAAAUGAUCGAAGAGAAGAUCCGGAACGGCGAGAUCGUCCCCGUAGAGGUUACGUGUUCGCUUUUACACAAAGCGAUGCAGAAGUCUGGUAAGACGCGGUUUUUGAUCGACGGCUUCCCUCGUAACAAGGAUAAUCUAGAAGGCUGGGAGCGUGUCAUGUCUGAUAAAGUUAAAUUGCUGUUCGUGUUAUUUUUCGAGUGUUCGAGGGACUUGUGCACGGAGCGCUGCCUGGGACGCGGCGCGGCGGGUAGUGGCCGCUCCGACGACAACCUUGAAAGUCUGCAGAAGAGAUUCAACACAUACCUCAACGCCACCAUGCCCAUCAUAGAACAUUACGAGCAGAAAGAUCUGGUGCGUAGGGUCAACGCCGAGUCGCCCCCUGAGGAUGUGUUUGCAGAUGUCAAAAAACAUUUCAAUGAAUUACAUCGGAUAGAGAAUUAAAUAGUAAAUCAACUUAUCUUACUGUUAAGCAUAAUUGCUGCUGGAGAUUUAAAUCAAAUUUGAAUAUAAAUAAAGUUGUAUAGUGCUAAAUUAGUAAAUAUCUGCAAAAUUGUGAGCCUUGUACACUUAAUUUAUUUAUUAAUUCCUAAGGAAUAUUAUUUGGUGAAGUUUAAGACUUCCUUUAUUUAUUCACAGCCAGUGAACAGUAUUGUAAAAAACUACAGCUGAAAUAAAAAUGAUAAGUUUGAAUAGCAAUAAAGCAAGGUUGCCAUGAAUUGUGAGACCUUCACUGUAAUGUGGCAUUGUUAUUUUUUACUGUACAUUCCAACUAAGGUUAAAAGUCACUUUUGCAAGUCAUGUUUCUUGAAGCUUUAAGUAAUCUAUGUUUAAUCCUUUCUUGUGCCAUACACUGCAGUAUCAAGUAUUUUUUUCAAUUAAAGAAAAUCAAAUCGUACUUAGAAUCUUACAAGCUUACUGUUUAACUUUAAUGUAUUAAUGAGAAAACUUAUCAAUUUGUGAAAUAAAGUUACUACCAGUAGGAAAUUAUGUCAAGUUAUAAAAUAGCAAUAAACUUCUGUGCUAUAAAAUUUUAAUAGCAUUGAAAUUCCAAAUAAUAAAAUAAAUGGUUAUGUAUUAUAUGUAAAUAAAGACCAAAGUUAUAAAACCAAA